UCUGUGGAUCAGCAAGUUCCCGGAAGGCCCUUUAUUCAACAUCUCCUGUGCAAACCAGCUUAAAGCCUGAGAGAAUCUAUUAUGUCUCAUCAUUGUAUCAUGACCUCCUCUGGAAACAAAUACCUCAAGUCUUCUGCUGCUUUACCCAAACAUUACGGCUCCCACAGUUGCUUAUCACACACUUCUAAACACUUUGAACAUGGUCACAAGACCCACCAUUGUUUCAGCAGCAAGAGUGCCCAUAACAUUGGAUCAAAGGGGCCCAAGAUGUCAGUAGGAAGUUUUCAUUUAGGUAAAGCAGGGCAUGGACACAGACAUGGAUUUGGUCAUGGUUUUGGAGGAUCAUAUGGUUCUGGAGGCAUCACCGCAGUUACCAUUAACCAGGGUCUUUUGGCUCCUCUCAACUUGGAGAUAGACACAAACAUCCAAAGAGUGAGAACUGAGGAGAAGGAUCAAAUCAAAGGUCUCAACAACAAGUUUGCUGACUUCAUUGACAAGGUCAGAUUCCUGGAACAGCAGAACAAGAUGCUGGAGACCAAGUGGGCUUUACUACAAGAGCAGAAGACAACAAGUUCUCACAUUGAACCUCUGUUUGAGUCUUUUAUUGGCAAUCUCAGUAGACAGCUUGAGAGUCUUGAAUGUGAGAGUGCUCGGCUAGAGGCAGAACGGAACAGCAUGGAAGACAUGAUGGAAGAAUUUAAGAGAAAAUAUGAAGAAGAAAUGAACAGACGUACUGCUGCAGAGAAUGAAUUUGUCCUGCUGAAGAAGGAUGUUGAUUCUGCAUUUAUGAACAAAGCUGAACUACAAGCAAAGGCCGAUGCUCUGACAGAUGAAAUUAGCUUCCUGAGGGCUCUGUAUGAAGAGGAGAUCAAUCAGCUCCAGGAUCAGAUCUCAGACACUUCAGUCAUUGUAUCCAUGGACAACCGCAGAGACCUGGACCUGGAAAGCAUUAUUGCUGAGGUCAGAGCUCAGUAUGAAGAAGUCGCCAAUCGAAGCAGAGCUGAAGCAGAGGCCAUGUACCAGUCAAGGUUUGAGGACUUGCGCACGGCAGCUGGCAGAAAUGGAAAUAAUCUGCAGAACAGUAAAAAUGAGAUCGCUGAGCUCAACCGAGUAAUUCAGAAACUUAAGGGAGAAAUUGAAUGUGCCAAAUCUCAGCGUGCUGCCCUGGAAACUGCCAUUAAUGAGGCUGAGGAACGUGGUGAGGCUGCUGUCAAAGAUGCCAAGCAUAAGCUGGCUGAGCUGGAGGCUGCCCUGCAGAAUGCCAAGCAGGACAUGGCUCGCCAACUGAAAGAAUACCAAGAAUUGAUGAAUGUCAAACUGGCCUUGGAUAUUGAGAUCGCCACUUAUAAGAAGAUGCUGGAGGGAGAGGAGCACAGAUUGUCUUCAGAUGGCAAUGUAAAUAUCGCUAUCCUGCACUCCAGCCAUGGGGGAAAUCACCACUCAGGAGGAAUGUCCCAUGGGGGACAUCAUCAUCUUAAAGGUGGAUUCAGUUCUGGCAGUGGAAAAAGCCAUGGGCAUGUUUACACAAGCAAGCACCAUUCCUGCAAUGCGCACCACUGAUAGAAUGGGAAUUUAGAUAUGUCAUAUUCCCUCUCAACAGUGCUUUUAUUGCUACUACCCUGUUAUUCCAUUCUGCUGCAUUAUGUGUCUGCUCCCAUGCACAUUCA